AUGAAAAGAGCUUUCCACCCCCUGCCCCUGUGUCUGCCCACUCUCCUGCUGAUGUCUCAGAUUUGUUCAGGAAUCAAAUGGCUAGCCCUGUCGCAGACUCCGGCCUCCAUGCCUGUGAACCGCACGCAUCACUGCAAAGGGCUGCAGGGCCUGGUGUCUUCGCAGGUGCAGCUGUGCCGCAGCAACCUGGAGCUCAUGCAGACCAUCAUCCAGGCCGCCCGCGAGGUGAGGAAGACCUGCCAGAAGACCUUCGGCGACAUGCGCUGGAACUGCUCCUCCAUCGAGAACGCACCGCAGUACCCCCCAGACCUGGAGAGAGGCACGCGGGAGGCAGCCUUCGUUUACGCCCUGGCCGCGGCCACCAUCAGCCACACCAUCGCCCGGGCCUGCACCAGCGGGGACCUGCGCUUCUGUUCCUGCGGCCCUGUGCCCGGAGAGGUCCCCCAGCCGGGCUACCGCUGGGGGGGCUGCGCCGACAACCUGCACUACGGCCUGAUCAUGGGCACCAAGUUUGCAGACGCGCCCAUGAAGAUGAAGAAGUCCCGCUCCCAGGCGAACAAGCUCAUGCACCUGCACAACAGCGAAGUCGGCAGACAGGCGCUGCGAGACGCCUUGGAGCUGAAGUGCAAGUGUCACGGCGUCUCGGGCUCCUGCUCCAUCAGAACCUGCUGGAAGGGCCUUCAGGACCUGAAGAACAUCGCCAUGGACCUGAAGACCAAAUAUCUGUCGGCCACCAAGGUGGUGCACCGGCCCAUGGGCACCAGGAAGCAGCUCGUGCCCAAGGACAUCGACAUCCGGCCGGUGCGGGAGAACGAGCUGGUGUACCUGCAGAGCUCUCCGGACUUCUGCUCCAGGAACGAGAAGCAUGGCUCCUUCGGCACGCAGGGCAGGCAGUGCAACAAGACCUCCAGUGGGAGCGACAGCUGUGACCUGAUGUGCUGCGGCCGGGGCUACAACCCCUACACGGAGACGCUGGUGGAGAAGUGCCACUGCAAAUACCACUGGUGCUGCUACGUCACCUGCAAGAGGUGCGAGAGGACGGUGGAGAGAUACAUCUGCAAAUGA